AUGACAAUUACAAUCCACCAUCAAUCAUUCACCAUGGGUUCCAUAUCUAACAAUUAUGUCGAAAAAUGCCACUCUGAGCCACGGCGGCUCAAAAUUGUUCAUGUUGGUGCCGGUGCAGCCGGUUUGAUGACGGCUUACAAGGCAAAGAAUAUUUUAUCCAACUACGAACUGACUGUUUAUGAGAAAUAUCCAGGAGUGGGUUGUGAUGUUCCGUCUCAUUCGUAUGCCUUUACCUUCGAACCCAACCCGGAAUGGAAUGGAUAUUAUGCAGGUGGACAGGAGAUCCAGCAGUAUUUCGUCAACUUUGCUAAAAAGCAUAAUCUAUACGAUUGCAUUCAAUUUGAAACGGAAGUAGUCCAGGCUACUUGGUGUGAACAUGAUGGCGAAUGGCGAUUGGAACUACAGCGCAAAGAUGGCACUCACUUUCAGGAUCGAUGCCAUGUUCUCAUCAAUGGUUCAGGGCCAUUAAAUCGAUGGAAAUGUAUGUGUCUCAUGUUGUCACUGCUUUCGAUGCUAAUCCCUACAGGGCCUAAAAUUGACGGCAUCCAUGAUUAUCGUGGUAUCCUUACCCACACAGCUAACUGGGACUCCUCCAUUGACUGGAAAAACAAACGAGUAGCGGUCAUUGGGACCGGUUCGUCCGGGAUUCAAAUCAUUCCCGAAAUUGUCAAAGAAGCCAAAUCCCUUUCGGUAUUCGUUCGUUCGACGCAAUGGAUUGUGCCGCCAGCUGCAUUGCAAGACCUACGCCUUUUUCCUGAUGAACCCGACAAGUCAGCCCCGCCUGCACCGGCCGGGAAGCAUUUCUUUACCGAAGACGAGAAGGAAGUAUUCCGCACCGAUCCCGCGCGCUUUUUGCAGUACCGUAAAGCCGUUGAUGGAGUUAUGCAGGAGAGAUUCCCGAUCUUCCUGCGUAAUCACCCCUUGCAUGAUAUGACGAUCGAAAUGAUCACCCAAAUGAUCAAGGCACGGGUAGGACCGGAUCGAGAGGAUCUUAUCAAGUUAUUCACGCCUGACUUUUCGCCCGGAUGUCGUAGGCCCACUCCCGGUGAUGGCUUCCUGGAAGCGUUGACAGAAAAUAGUCAGUUUGGUUCCUGGAUAUUCGAUCGCAUUGUGCUAACAGCUGACAAUGAAGACGUGCGAGUCAUCACGAAUGAAAUCGCGCGGUUUACCCAGAAGGGCCUCCAAACCGCAGAGGGCAAAGAACACGAAUUCGACUUAAUCAUUUGCGCCACUGGUUUUGACGUUGCUUUCGCGCCUCACUUCACCGUGACUGGCUCAAAUGGACGGACAAUGCGCGAAGAAUGGGCAAAAUCCCCCAACAUCUAUCUCAGCAUGUCCACACCAAAUUUCCCCAACUUUUUCUUCAUUGGUGGACCAACCGGCAACUGGGCUCAAGGUUCUGUUUUGAUUACUCACGAAGUCCAAGCCGAAUAUGCAGUUCAAUGCGCCGCCAAGAUCAGCAACGAGAAUCUGCAUUCUUUGACACCCAAGCAAAGCGUGACGACACAAUGGCGCCAGCAUGUGGACACUUGGCACGAUGGGCAUUCGGUCUGGGCCGAAUCGUGCCAGUCAUGGAUGAAGUAUAACGAACGGAUCCAGCUGUGGUCUGGAAGUAUGCUUCAUAUGAUCAAGACGCUCAAGACCCCUCGUUUUGAAGACUACGACAUUAAAUAUCAGGAGGAAAAUAUGUGGUCGUAUCUUGGGGACGGCCGAACUAGGUCGGAGUUGAAGAGAGAACAGGGUCAACAGGUUGAUAUGGCGCCGUUUAUGCGAAUUCAGGAUGAGCCAUGGUCAGUAGAGUAG